AUGAAUGAAUGGUGUAAGGUCCCGGUUGGUCCAGUAAUCUUCCCUGAAAAAGUUACAAAUCGAUGUGCAAUGGAUGAGGACGGUAGCGGAAGUGUUGGCCUGCGCACCAGAACCGCAAGCGUUAAUUCGCAGAUGUAUGCAAUUCCCGAACCCGAGGAGAUUGACAUCCAACUAUCUGAGGGCAGCAGUAGAUCUGAGUUUGAGGAUAGCGACUACGAUGCUGAGAGCGAUUACGAUGCUGAGAGUGGUGGUGACGCGUUCCUAGAUCAGAUGGUGCCUGAGACUAGCAACACUUUUGUGAUGGGUCAGUUAGAUACACCCAUGUUUGAUACUUCGAAAUAUUUGUUUCAAUCGCUUUCACAAGCCCUUAACGCUGCCGAUUUUUCAGAAGCAAUAGCGUUACAGACCAGGACUUCUGGGCUCAUCAACUCAAAAAGCAGGGAGCUUGAAAAACUAUCUCAAGAGGUCCAACAGAAACUUCGUUAUUUCGAGACCCGAUUUGCGCAAGGUGCGCAGACCUCUAAGAGGAUCAGCCGUAAUUUACAGCACAUUGCAAAGCAGGUGGACAAAAUAGGCAGCGCUUUCGAAACUCGGUACCCAAUUGAAUUUAACCAGGCUAGGGAGGAGAUUUUUGAGCGCAAAACUUAA